UACACCAGUCGAAACAGACGUUGUUUCAUUUGUUGAUGUCACACAUUUCAAAUGAUGAAAAUAAUUUGAUUCGAUUGAAAAUAAAAUGUCAAAACGUAAACAAAAAGGACUUGUUUUGUUGGCCUAUUCGGAUUCCGAACAUGAAGAAGAUCAAGAUGAAGAACCACAAGAUUAUGAUGAAGAUGAAAAUGAUGAAUUGAAAUCCAACGAUGAAUCAAAUGAACAAUCGAUGACUGUGGAUGAUGGUGAUGAUGAUGAUGAUGAACAAUCAAAAAAAUCGGCCGAAAAUCAGAAAAAAAUCUACUUCGAAGACAUUUAUGGUGAUCGCGAUCUGUCCAUACUUGAAUUUCAUCAAUCAUUAUUAGGUAAAACAAAUGCUGAUGAUAUUGAAAUACCACCGGCAACUCGAAUACCAUGUCCAGACGAACUACAAGAUCAGAUUGAAAAUUUAUAUGAAAAAGUUAAAAAUGGUUAUGAUCUUAUACAUGCUAUACAGCAACGAAAAUCUAUGAGAAAUCCAAGUAUUUAUGAAAAAAUGAUUUCCUAUUGUGAAAUCAACGAAAUGGCAACCAAUUAUCCAAAAGAAAUAUAUGAUCCAGAACCAUUUUUACAAACAGAAUCAUUCUAUGAAGAAUUAUCACGACAACAAAAAGAAGAGAUGGAGAAACGUGAAAAAGAGAAACAAAAACAAAAAACAUUAUUAUCAUCAACAACAUCUACAAGUGGUGAAAAUAAUAAUAAUAAGAAAAGUAAAUGGGAUUCCAGUUCCAGUACUGUUUCAACAUCAUCAUCAACAUCGGCAGCCAUGGCUGCUGCAUUAGCAGCAGCAAAUAAAGUUAAACAUUUGACCAAUAGUAAUCAACAACAACAACAACAACACCAUCAUCAUCAUCAUCAUUCAUCGAAUAAACCAACAGUCAUUUCAGCAUUUGGUACAAUUUCAAAAAAGAAAUAGAAAAAUGUUUUUUUAUGAAAAAUUUUUUUUAAUAUUUUUUUUUUCAAAAAAAUUCCCAA